AUGAUGGCUGGCGGCGUGGGGCAGACGGCGGCGGCGACGGUGGUCGUGACGGUGACUGUGCUUCUGCUACUGGUUGAGGGCGUGGCGGCGCUGGGGCAUCACCCGGAGCCGCCCAUCAAAGCAACACUCUCCAAUAAGUGUGUCAAGCAGGUGUUCCCGCGGCUCCCUGACGGUGGACGUGAGCACGGAGGAGGCUUUUUUCGGGUCGGUGUACGCCCGCGGGUAUCCCAACAGCUGCCGCGAGGUGGGCCAGGGCAACACCACCACCUCCCUCGUGGUGUCUGCCAGAAGUGUGGUGUCAAGGUCAUCGAGGACGAGUUCGGGCACCACACGUACGAGCUGCUGGUGUACAUCCAAUUCGACAAGUGGGUGCAGCAGGUGAUCGACGAGCAGGUGUACGUGAGGUGCAAGCUGGAGAGGCAGGCCGGGGAGCUCAAGGCCCAGGCUCAGAUGAACGUGAUGAACGAAGACUCUGACGACAACACUCCCGUGAGGCACAAAGACGUCCUCAACACCGAGAACAACUCCAUUGCCACGCUGGUCCUCGCUGCGGGUCCCUCUGGCAGCAAGGCCUCCUCCUCCUCCUCCACGUCAUUACCCGUCAAUCGCACAGACGCCGAGGAUAGCGAGAGUUCAAAAUCCCGUCGUCUCGUGUCUCUUCGCCGCAAAGCCUCGUCAAGGAGUCGGGCACAGGAGCAGGACGCAAUGAGGGACUGGCUGCCCCUGGAAGCCCCGAAAGAGCUCCUCAUGUGGCAAGGCAAGCGGACAGAGGGUAACUCGGAGCCGGUGUCCUGCUGGAUGGACAUCGUGGAGGGCACAUCCAUGGACGGCAAGCCCGUGUUGGAGCACCUGCUGGUGGGGGACGACACAACCAUGGUGCUCAAGGUGCGCCAGACUAAGGGCCUCGACACCCGCAUCACGUCCUGCCUCGCCCACGACGGCUCAGACGACGAAAGCCAAGAGCUGAUCGACGAGAACGGGUGCUCCGUGGACGACGAGAUCAUGCCCCCCGCUCAGGUGAGGAUCAAUCCGCGGUCGGGCGUCAAGGUGGCCUAUGCGUCGUUCAAGGCGUUCAAAUUCCCAGACCGGGACCACCUGCACCUACGCUGCACCGUGCUGGUCUGCCUGGGCGCCUGUCAGCUGCCUGUGUGCGGGCGGCUCAGCAACCGUAUCGGGCGCCGCAUGGGAAAUAGUGGCCAGGGCAGCAUCCAGGCUGUUCACGACCUGCAGGAUCUCGUCACGUCUCCUCAACAGACCCCGCGAGGCAACAACCGGGCCCUGACCAACACCAUCGUGGACAAGGUCGAGGUCUUCAAUUCCGUGGAGGUUCGAGCCCCGGGUAUCGAGAGCCAACCGAACCUCGUGAAGCAGUACCGGACGGACCGAGGCCCCGCUGUGGAUUCCGUAAACUUUUUCAGUGACGAAAACAUGUUCUGCGUGACGCCCUACAAGAUGAUCCUGGCGUUCGGUGUACUCCUGACGGUGUUGCUGGUGGCGAUGCUGUUCUCCCUCUACUCCUGCGUCAAGGCCAGAGUGCUGAAGGCGAGACUGCAGCCGCCCCACCACCAUAACGAACCCCCGCGACAUUCCCCCGUCACCAGCCCUUACUACAGGUUCGCCCACUGAGUGUACCUUUCUCCACACUGACUCAGACGAAGGAGUACACAUUUGAAAUGUAGGAAAACGAACGCAGACGAAGGAGAAAACGGCGAAAUGAAGGAAAACGGACGAUUCUCAGCGCUGUCGGUAUGAACGUUGAGAUGGCGAGAC